UUUUUAUAAACAUACCUAUAAUACUUAAUGGCUUCAUGCCUGUAACAUUGGACCAUGUGCUACGUGUUUCAUUUUUCAUCCUUUCCUCCGCGACAACCGUCCCGUCCUUCGCGAUAACUGCUGCAUCCUCCACGACAACCACCGCCUCAUCGUCGUGGAGUAUCAUUCAAUCGCCGCCGAGCACGUUGACGCCGAUCGUCGAUCAAUGGCCAGGCAACCUACUCAAUCUCAACGAUCGUCCAGCAUUACAUCGAAACGGUGCGUUAUCUCGAAUCGGAGAACUUCCGGUUGAAGCGGGAGGUGCAAGGUGCAAACUACCCAGGAAACUUUCACUCGGGAAAUGUCCAACAUGGAGGCCGUACUCUCUAACAAGCGAAAGCUGCUCGACAAGGCGGACACGGAGCGCGUCAAGCUCGAGCUCAAUAUCAAACGCUUGCGGGAUGGAACGAAGAUCUCAAGAACAAGUAAGUGAUACUGUAUAGUAUUUUUUCACAUUGUUUCUUUACUUGCGAAAUGGGUAGGAAAGUCAAAUGGCAUUAAUAAAAAUUAUAUUAAUAUUGAUAGAUAUUGCCGUAAUUGAGCUUGUGAUAUUUUGAGAAUCAUUGUGUCUGUCUAGAAUGUGAAUUUCUAUACAGAAAUAACUCGAUGUAAGAAUUUUCAUUCCGUUUUGUGCUUAAACAUGAAUUGGGUCGCUUGUUGGAUGCAUGAUAGAUGUGUACCGUUGUUUAAUGAAAAUAAGUGCACUGCAGUAGUAACGUUCGGAUUUCAAUGCUAUAGAGCCUAUGCUAUGUAUUAAAAAAUAACAGAUAUUAGUACAAGAAUCUUGAAGUAAUUAAAAUGGUAUUUUAAUUUAUUUUAAUUUAGUAAAUAUAUAUAAUGCGUUGUGAAAGUUGAGAAGAUAUGUUAUGUAAUUAGACUUAAUCGGGUGCGCAUAUCAUUUACUAAAUUAUAAUGAAUAACAACUGCCACUGUAAAAUCAUGCUCUGAUGUAAUAGCUCAUAGAAAUCUUAGCGAGCAUUUUCAAAAAUACUGAGAGUUAAAA